ACGAAUUUUAAAGCCGAGCCAUUGCAACACCAACAGAGCCUCACUUUUGCACCAUUGGUAUUUGUGCAUGAGCGGUCUCUGCACUUUCUCUAGAAAAUUGGAAUUUCAAUACUUACAGUACGAGACGAGCGAAGACAGUACCCAUUUGGGGCGUGAUUUUGGUCAUCCCUUCCAACCGACGUUAAUUCGGCUGAGCCGUUCAGAAGCUAUCAAGACAAAAGCAGAACAAAUCAAGUUUAGGACAAAACUAGAAGCGUUUGAGGCAAACCCUAAAGCGUUCAUAGCAAACGCGAGAGCAGAAGCUAAACAAGCUAUCAAGGCAGAGGAAGCAGAACGACGGGCGGGAGUCGCGGCUGAGCCGGAUGCGAAAAGACGGAAGAAAAGUGGGGAGUGAGUAGUGGAACAAAAGUGAUGAAUGCGAAAGUGAAUGGAUGAAUGGCUGCGCUUACUUGAAACGAACUCGACGACUUCGUCACAUGUUGCUUUAGUAUGUAGUGAGGUCACGAACGUUCUAACCUAGCGAUCUUUUUGACAGGCAGUGCGCAAAACGACCGGCAGUUAUCAAGCGGGCGGAAGUGUUUUUGGACAUAAAAAUUUUUCAAUUAUCAAGCGGGCGGGGCUUUGCCGUCAAACAAGCCCGGUCGAAAACUAUCGAUUCCCGCUUGAUAAAACGACGCAGGGGAGCCGGCAAAAGGGGCGCCCUUCUGAGGCGCCCACCGCCUUGGUUUCUGGCG